AUGGCAAGCACCGCGUGUUUCAUGAUUGUCAGCAAAAACGAUAUUCCAAUUUACGAAGCUGAAGUCGGCAAUGUCCCUAAAAAAGAGGAUGCCGCGCAUCAGCACCAGUUUAUAUUACAUGCUGCUUUGGAUAUUGUCCAAGAUCUCGCUUGGACUACUAGUGCUAUGUUUUUGAAAGCAAUUGACAGAUUCAAUGAUUUGGUGGUUUCUGUAUAUGUGACUGCAGAGCUUCUUCCAAGAGUGUCUGGAGCUUGCCAUUAUUUUUCUGCCAGGGUGAAAAGAUUCUACCAGAAUUACAUAGAUCGUGUGUUGGAAACCAUAUACGGUUGUGUUUGUUUUACCUUUUCAGUGUGA